AUUUAUUGAAAAGGAGAAAAAACUAAAAAAGAGAGAGAAGGGAUCGUCCAACGACGGCAACCGCUUUUACUCUUCCCCUGCCGCGUCCGGAAGAAGAAGAAAAAAAGAAAUUUCCCCCAAAUCGCGGAACCAAAAAAUCCCCAGUCCGGCCAGUCAGCCCGCUCGCUCACUCGUUUUGCUUCGAUCCGCCGAUUCGAUCUAUCUGCUCCGUCGCCGGAAACCGGGAAGGAUCUUCCGUGCUCGAGCACCGAGAGAACGGAGGCUGGGGAGUUUGCCGGCGGAGGGAAAUUGGAUAACGAUGGUGGUGGGAUGAGGUGGCGGAGGAGGAGAGCUGGGAGCUGGAGAUGGCGAGAGGAGUGAAAUGGGGAUGUUCGUACAAGAAGACGACUCUCAUCGUUUGCUCCGUCAACAUUGUCAUCGCUCUCUACGUUCUUCGCUCUCUCUACGGCUCACUGUACCUCUACUCCAACGAUGAUUUAGCUAACGCUGUGAAGUACACGCCAGAUGAGAUUAGUAAGAUGGAGGAGUCAAUUCGGAUUCGGAGAGCCAGUGAGCCGACGAAGCUUAAGAAAUUGGUGAAAAAACUGAAAUUUGAGUUUGGAGAACGAGACAUAGUGGAAUUGCCGGCGGGUGUCAAACACAAUCUAACGAAUGAGAUUCUCCAGAGAUUGAGAAGUUUGUCUGGUGAUGCCAGUAUCAACGAGCAGCGAGAAGCAGUUGAAAAAUGGCGCAAUGAGAAGCUACUAGAAGUCAAGCAGUCAAUUAAUCUUAAUAGAGGAGGGAAUUCAACUUUUGUUCAGGAAGAAGCUGGAUUGCUGGUAAAAGCCCUGGAAUCCGAUUGGGCAGUGCUCUCGGAGAACAUAGGCCUUUGGAUUCCUGCUGAAGUCACUAAUCCAGAGCAGGAUGAUAGACCAGAGGGUCAAGAGGAGCAAGGGAAACCAAUCACACACAGUUUGGUGGGAUGGUCAUGUCUCCUUUUCACCAUAACUAGCCUUCAUCUUCAAAGUGUGGGGGUGUUAGAAAGUGAAGAAAUAUGCACCGUGUCUCAAGAAAGUAAUUUCUGAUUUGUGCCCUUAAAAGCUUUAUCUUUACCCUUAAGCCAACAACAAAGAACACUCUUAACACUAUCUCUGAGGUGAGCAGUUGCAAGGCCAACACCAAGCUGAAAUCAAUUUGGACAUCAACUCAAGAUUGAGACUUUUACCCUUCCAUCACAUUCCAUGGUGCUUGCUCUUCCUCCCUUUUCUUCCUUUCUUCUUUAUAGCCAAGUUAAGCAUCAAUUUCCCCACCAAAGUUUUUAGCUUUUGGUGUAUUGUCUAAUUCCUCUCUCUAAAUCCAUAAUGGGUGUCUUCUAUCAGGAAGAGCCACCCCCAAAAAACCCAUCAAAGAAAUGCAAGUUCUUCCUCGUUUCAACACUCAAAGAUGCCUUCUCCAUCUGUCGAUCUUGCGGCGGCCACAUAAGCCCUCUCAAGCAGCACCAGGAUGAGGAAUAUGUUCCCAACACAACAACUGGACUGAAAGAUAAUGAACAGGAAAUUGUCGUGUCAGAAAUCAGGAGCAGAGCGUUGGAGAAGUCGAAGCAGAAGGUGUUUGUGAUCACAAAUAGCUUUUUAGGGGAACUGUUCUUUAGUGCUGAGAAGCAGGAGGAUGGAGAAGUUGAAAAGGAGGAAGAUUUCUACUCAGCUGGGAGCUGUCUUUCACGUUGUUCGAGCAGUUUGAGCAAGGGGGGGGUGAAGAGUUCUUCUCAGUGAAGACAAACUUGUCCAGGUGUUCGAGCUUGAGUCAGAUGGACUUCCCAAGUUUUCACAGGCGGGGUUCGAUAUUGCAGGAGCUCUGCCACUAUGAAGGGUGGCCAUUUGGUCUCUGCAGGAAGGCUGUUUUGCUACCACCUUUGCCUAAGUCUCCCUCUGAGUCCUGGCUAUGGCACAAAGGUAGUAGAUCAGCCAGGCGGCCUUGAAUUCUUGCAGCUUGCAACAAAGACGAAAAACUAAGAAACAGCUUUAGAAUAAGAUAGACUGCUGCAGAAGGAUGCGAAGUUUAUUGUUUUGUCAUGUUGUCAUGUCUAUUCCUAUGUAUCAGAUUCUAGAUUGGAAAUCAAAAGUUCAGUCCCCAAUCAAUUAAGAAAUUCACAGUAAGCCUGAGUUCAUAUAGAAGCAUCCUUCUGAACACUGGUUCUGUAAGAACAUCAAUUUUCUACUUCAUUAAAAUAGUUUUCUAUGAUCUGCCAAGGAAGGGGGAAACUUAUGGACUCUCCAUUGGACUACUGA